UGUAAUCUCCUUUCCCCUCUCGCACGCUCUCUCCUCACCUACUCUGUUCUUCCCCUUACCCCUCUUGUUCUUCCUCGAUUCCUCAUCUCCUCUAGUUCGGGCCCUGACAAAAUCCACGUCUAGACAGGACUGGGCAACAUCUGAAAUUCAUGAUCGCUGCAGAGGACUGCAGUCUGCAGCUGAGCUUCUUAAGGUAAUCGCUGCAGAGGACUGCAGUUGAGCUUCUUGAGGUAAUCGCUUCAGUGGUCUGCAGCUGAGCUUUCUUCAGGUAAUCCCAUUGCCAGCGAAAUAUCCGAUGCAUGAUUGCUGUCUUUAGUUAAUCAUGCUGCUUCUUUAUCGUGUCAUUUUUUUGUGCCAGCGAAAUAUCUUCUCCUGCAUGCAUGAUUGCUGUCUUUAGUUACAGGACAUGCUGCUUCUUUAUCGUGUUCAGGACGCUUUGGACCAAUCAUCCACACAGUGUCAUCUUUGAUUCAAAGAAAUCCCAUUGGAAUUCUGAGAAGUGGGCUUCUUUUAAAUGUUUUCGUAUAAGAACCUUUUUUUAUUCAAAGGAAUUAUAUGGAAUUUUGGAGGAUUCUGUUCUUUGGGAUUUCCCCCCUAUAAAGCUUGUCUGAUUUGUUGGACUGAGAACCAUAUGAAUUUCACGCGCAAUUCAAAAGAAGAAUAUUUAUUGAGUCUAACCUCGUGUAUUUGUUCCAUUCAAAAGUGACAUGUUAAGAGUUUGUGACAUGUCUCAUGCUAAAGUGUAGCGCUGUCUAAUGUUUUCCUAAAAGUGUAGUAUAGUAAUAGUAUUGAAAAAGAAGUGUAUUGUCAUGAGCGAUGAGAAUCUAAGAGCCAGAUCUAAUAGACCCAUGAAGAAUGCAUUUUUUCUUGUUUUAAGGGUAUUGUGUUUGUAACUGCAAAUGGAUCACCGAACUAUUACCUCACAAAAAGUUUUUUUUCUUUUCGAAAAGGGUUUAUCCCCUGCCUCUGCAUCAGAGUGAUGCAUACGGCCAAUUACCUCACAAAACAAAAAGUACUGCAGCGUAUUCUAUUUGAUGAAAGCGCAGAACCAAAGGCCCUAUCGUUAUCACUUCUGGAGCACAUCACCAACAGUUUCUCUGAUGACAAAGAAAUUGGCUGUGGUGGCUUUGCAAGGGUUUAUAAGGGAAUGCUUGACAAUGGCACUGUUGCUGUGAAGAAGCUUUGCGAUAUGCUUGAUAUGGAUGAGAAGAAAUUUAGCGAAGAAAUUCGUUGUCUGAUGAAGGCGACGCACAAAAAUGAAGUACGGUUCCUAGGAUAUUGCUCUGACAGACAAGGGGAAAUGGUAAACUGCGAGGGAAAACUUGUCUUAGCAGAUGUACGACAAAGGCUACUCUGCUUUGAAUAUCUACCUAAAGGCAGUCUAGAUAAGCACAUCACCGGUAGGCUGAUGUCGCAUGUAUUUGGUUCAAGCAUCCAUUUAUUUAGUGUUUAGUGACUACUGACGACUUCAAGUUUCUCAAAUACUAAACCAACUUUCUGCUCUCCGUUUUCUAGAUGUAUCUUGUGGACUUGAAUGGAGAAAGCGCUACCAAAUCAUCAA